GCCUUUGAGAUAUAUCGGGCGUGAGAGAGUGCUCUUCUCGCGAAAAUUUUCACGACCAUUUGACGCGUGACGUCCACUCACCACUGCCGUCGACAUGCUGCCCCGAUUCCUCAGGCCUGUCGUAAAUGUCAGCCAGCAAGGCGCGAAACUAUUAUCCACGAGCGCUACGUGCGAUGCAAAAGUCAGUGUCAUGGGAGCAAGCGGUGGCAUUGGCCAGCCACUGUCUUUGCUUCUCAAACAGUCCCCUCUCGUUACGGAAUUAUCGUUAUAUGAUAUUGUAAACACACCUGGUGUCGCUGCCGAUCUCUCACAUAUGAAUACUCCUGCAAAAGUUAAAGCCUAUAAUGGUCCGGAGCAGCUCAAAGAUUCUCUUAAAGGUUCUCAGGUUGUUAUUAUACCUGCGGGCGUUCCACGCAAACCAGGCAUGACACGUGAUGACCUGUUUAAUACGAAUGCCUCCAUCGUCCGGGAUCUUGCCGCUGCGGUGGCUGAAGUUGCGCCAAAGGCUUUUGUAGCAAUCAUCUCAAAUCCGGUCAACAGCACAGUACCAAUUGCGAGUGAAGUGCUACAAAAGGCGGGCGUUUACGAUCCUAACCGCGUAUUCGGAGUGACUACUUUGGAUAUUGUCAGAGCAAACGCCUUCAUCGCGGAAGCUAAGGGCCUUGAUCCACAGAAAGUCAACGUCCCAGUCAUUGGCGGACAUAGUGGCAUCACUAUUAUCCCGUUGAUCUCGCAGUGUACACCGUCGGUUUCCUUCCCGGAUAAUCAGCUGAAAGCGCUUACCGAGAGGAUUCAAGAGGCCGGUACCGAGGUCGUUAAAGCUAAAGCAGGAACUGGAUCCGCGACUUUGUCCAUGGCUUUUGCUGGCGCACGAUUUGGUCUUUCAUUAAUAAGAGCGUUGAAUGGGGAAACGGGUAUCAUCGAGUGCUCGUACGUCAAGUCGAAUGUUACUGAUGCCAAAUACUUUUCUACGCCGAUACUUCUGGGCAAAAAUGGAAUUGAGAAGAAUUUGGGAUUAGGUAAACUAAGCAGCUUUGAGCAGAAAUUACUGGACGCCGCCAUCCCGGAGCUUAAGAAAAAUAUUCAGAAGGGAGAAGACUUUGUAAAUAAAAAGUGAGAUCUCUGUCGGGCCUAGCUGGACAGAGCGUGAUCUGUCGAAUUACGUAUGAUGAGAGAUUUGCCGGCCUUCCUUGCUCGCCUUGCAAUUAUGAUAGAUUAUCACAACAAUCGAAAUUUUUUAAUCGUGAAAACGCAAAAAUCCGUGAAUGUAUCUUCCAUUUCUCUUGACCUGCAGAUAUGCAUUAAAAAUGUAGAAUUGCGGACAGAUUAUCGAAUGUUAAGAUCAUGUAGGAUAAGUGAAAUAUUAUUACUGAAACUGUAUAGAAACUGUAGAGAAAAAUUAUAUCUGUAAUAAGAACUUAUGUGUAAAAUAAGGAAUAAAAAAUUGGACUUUUCAAAAUUGGCAUAUCUGCUCGAGCGACUUUUUGUGUACGAUGUAGGAAAAGUUUGAAUAAACGCUCUUUCGACUAAACGUAA